AGCUCAAUACAAUCGAAAGAAGAUGAAAUUAGUCUUAAUGAAGUAAAGUUGGCAAUAAAAUCUAUUACUCCAAAACAAACGGUUUACCAAAUUCGAACUUCAUCUCUUAUAUCUACAAAAAAAAGAAAAAGAAAAGAUGAUCCAGAAUUUUAUGAAGAAAUUGAAGAUUUAGAAAGUAUUUCAAUUAAUCUAUUUCAAGCUUCUAAAGUUGAUUUUGAUAAGCCUGCACAUAUUCCUGAGCCCAAUAUAAAUAUUAAUGAUAUAUUAUCGAUUCUUAUAUGG